AUGCAGCAUGAAAUUGUAGCACUAGCAAGAGAAGCUGGCUUUAAUGAGGUGUCCUUGGAGGAUAUUGUGGAGUUAUUGGACUCUCAUGGAGAAAAUCUAUCCAAUGAAGAUCUUGUUGAAUUGAGCCAAAACAGCGUGACAAAUCAGGUUUCAGUCGAAACAGAUUCAGAUUCUGAAAUUCAAAAAAAACUUACAAACAAAGGAAUGUUAGAAGCUUUUACACUCAUUGAAUCAAGAAUGACAAUAUUAAAUGAAGAUGAUCCAAAUAUGGAGCGUAAUAUGAAAUGUAAUCGACUAAUCGAAGAGGGAAUUUAUCCAUAUAAAGAAAUCUAUAAUGAAAACAGAAAGAAAGCUACUCAGAUGAUUCUUCAUUCCUUCUUUGAUAUUACAGCAAAGGAAACCCAAAUCACGGGAAUGUCCAUUGAAAAUGAAAUAAAUAAUGCUUUAUAUUGA